CUGCCGAUAAUGAAGUCUAUUUAUCCUAUUCUCAACGGAUGAUAAGUCCAUUGAGCACAGAUUUAGGCCAAUUUAUUUUCGGAUGGCAUUUUCGUAAUUUUUUGGGAGAUGAAAGACCAUUUUCUUUGGGUAUUGAAGGCUACAGAUCACGAAUUCGGCCUGAGGCUAUUCUUCAACGAUGAUGGAGUCCAUUAAGCUCCAAUUUGGGCGGAUUUAUUCCGGGUCAAUUUUUGGCAGAUUCCAAAGGGGUACCAUCAUAGAUUUCGGGUGAUUUUUUUGAAAUGACAUUUUCUUUCGAUUCUGGAGGCUACAGAUUACAUAAUCAUGUCGAGGCUAUUCUCCGCCGAUAAUGAAGUCUAUUUAUCUAUUCUCCACGGAUGAUAAGUCCGUUGAGCACAGAUUUAGGCCAAUUUAUUUUCGGUUGGCAUUUCCGUAAUUUAUUUGGAGACGAAAGGCCAUUUUCUUUGGAUAUUGAAGGCUACAGAUCACAGAUUCGGCCUGAGGCUAUUCUUCAACGAUGAUUGAGUCCAUUAAGCAUCAAUUUGGGCGGAUUUAUUCCGGGUCAAUUUUUGGCAGAUUCCAAAGGGGUACCAUCACAGAUUUCGGGUGAUUUUUCCGAAAUGCCACUUUCUUUCUAUUCUGUAGGCUACUGAUCACGAAAUCAGGCCGAGGGUAUUCUCCACCGAUAAUGAAGUCUAUUGAUCCUAUUCUCCACGGAUGAUAAGUCCAUUAAGCACCGAUUUGGGCCAAUUCUUUUUCUGAUGGCAUUUUUGUAAUUUUUAGGGGGACGAAAGGCCAUUUUCUUUGGAUAUUGAAGGCUAUAGUUCACGGAUUUGGCCUGAGUCUAUUCUUCAACGCUGAUUGAGUCCAUUAAGCAGCUAUUUGGGCGGAUUUAUUACUUGUCAAUUUUUGGCAGAUUCCAAAUGGGGUACCAUCACAGAUUUCGUGUGAUUUUUCCGAAAUUCCAUUUUCUUUGAUGCUGGAGGCUACAGAUCACGGAAUUAGGCCGAAGAUAUUCUCCACCGAUAAUGAAGUCUAUUGGUCUUAUUCUCCACGAAUGAUAAGUACUUUAAGCACCGAUUUGGGCCAAUUUAUUUUAGGAUGGCAUUUCGUAAUUAUUUGGGCGAUGAAAUGCCGUUUUUAAAUAUUGAAGUCUACAGUUCAUGGAUUCGGCCUGAGGCUAUUCUUCAACAAUGAUUGAGUCCAUUAAGCAUCGAUUUGGGCGAAUUUAUUCCGGGUCUAUUUUUGGCAGAUUCCAAAGGGGUUCCAAAACAGAUUUCGGGUGAUUUUUCCGAAAUGCCAUUUUCUUUCUAUUCUGGAGGCUACUGAUCAAUGAAUCAGGCCGAGCGUAUUCUUCACUGAUAAUGAAGUCUUUUGAUCCUAUUCUCCACGGAUGAAAAGUCCAUUAACCACCGAUUUGGGCCAAUUUAUUUUCGGAUGGCAUUUUCAUAAUUUUUUGGGCGACGAAAGGCCAUUUUCUUUGGAUAUUGAAGGCUACAGAUCACGGAUUCAGCAUGAGGCUAUUCUUCAACGAUGAUUGAGUCCAUUAAGCACCGAUUUUGGUGGAUUUAUUAUGGGUCAAUAUUUGGCAGAUUCCAAAGGGGUACCAUUACAGAUUUCAGUCGAUAUUUCCGAAAUGCCAUUUUCUUUCGAUUCUGGAAACUACAGAUCGUGGAAUCCUGCAAAGGCUAUUCUCCACUGAUAAUGAAGUCUAUUGGUCCUAUUCUCCACGGAUGAUAAGUCCAUUAAGCACCGAUUUGAGCCUAUUUAUUUUCUUAUUGCAUUUUCGUAAUUUUUUUUGCGACGAAAGGCCAUUUUCUGUGGAUAUUGAAGGCUACAGAUCACGGAAUCAGGCCGAGGCUAUUCUUCAACGAUGAUGGAGUCCAUUAAGCACCGAUUUGGGCGGAUUUAUUCCGGGUCAAUUUUUGGCAGAUUCCAAAGGGGUACCAUCACAGAUUUCGUGUGAUUUUUUCGAAAUGCCAUUUUCUUUUGAUUCUGGAGGCUGUAGAUUACAGAAUCAUUUUGAGGCUAUUUUCCGCCGAUAAUGAAGUCUAUUUAUCCUAUUCUCCACGGAUGAUAAGUCCAUUGAGCACAGAUUUAGGCCAAUUUAUUUUCGAAUGGCAUUUUUGUAAUUUUUUUUGGAGAGGAAAGACCAUUUUAUUUGGCUAUUGAAGGCUACAGAUCAUGGAUUCGGCCUGAGGCUAUUCUUCAACGAUGAUGGAGUCCAUUAAGCACCGAUUUGGGCGGAUUUAUUCCGGGUCAAUUUUAGGCAGAUUCCAAAGGUGUACCAUCAUUGAUUUCGGUUGAUUUUUUCGAAAUGCCAUUUUCUUUCGAUUCAGGAGGCUACAGAUUAAAGAAUCAUGUCAAGGCUAUUCUCCGCUGAUAAUGAAGUCUAUUUAUCUAUUCUCCACGGAUGAUAAGUCCGUUGAGCACAGAUUUAGGCCAAUUUAUUUUCGUAUGGCAUUUUCGUAAUUUUUUUGGAGACGAAAGGCCAUUUUCUUUAGAUAUUGAAGGCUACAGAUCACGGAUUCGGCCUGAGGCUAUUUUUCAACGAUGAUUGAGUCUAUUAAGCAUCGAUUUGGGCGGAUUUAUUCCGGGUCAAUUUUUGGCAGAUUCCAAAGGGGUACCAUCACAGAUUUCGGGAGAUUUUUCGAAAUGUCAAUUUCUUUCAAUUCUGGAGGCUACAGAUCAUGGAAACUGGCCUAGGCUAUUCUCUACCGAUAAUGAAGUCUAUUGGUCUUAUUUUCCACGGAUGAUAAGUACAUUAAGCACCGAUUUGGGCCAAUUCAUUUUCGGAUGGCAUUUUUUUAAUUUUUAGGGCGAUGGAAGGCCAUUUUCUUUCGAUAUUGAAGGCUAUAGUUUACAGAUUCGGCCUGGGGCUAUUCUUCCACGAUAAUUGAGUCCAUUAUGCAGCUAUUUGGGCGGAUUUAUUGCUUGUCAAUUUUUGGCAGAUUCCAAAGGGGUACCAUCAUAGAUUUCAGGUGAUUUUUCCGAAAUGCUAUUUUCGUUCGAUGCUGGAGGCUACAUAUCACGGAAUCAGACCAAGGCUAUUUUCCACCGAUAAUUAAGGUUGGGAAACGGUGCGGUCUGGGCCAGACCAGACCAUCUAUACGGUCUAUGGUCCAGACCGAGAGGCUAAAGUAUAGACCACGGACCAGACCACAGACUAUACGGUUCGGUCCAGUCCACGCCUGUGCGGUCUGGUUCGGUCUGGUCUGGUCCAGAUAGAACACACUCAACAAAAAAUGAAUAAUUAAUUUAGUCAACCACACAAAAAAUUGAACCAAUAACCAGGAAAAAUAAUUGUUAUUUUCCUUAAAUCAUUAAUCCUAACAUGCAUGAAUAAUUUUGAUACUCUAAAUCUUAGUAGAUACCAAAGAUACAAAGUAAAAGCAUCCCAACUUGCACCAUAACGUCAUAAACAUUAACAUAAUGUCAUAUGGAGACACGAUUAUCUCUACUCUCUAGUUAAAUGUGGUUGUGAAUUAAGGAGGGACGAGAUUCACAAAACUAAGGUUGAGACUUGGGUGUCGUUUUGGGAGUGGGGAGAGUGGUCGAAAGGGUUGUUAACACGUAUUUACAAGUCAGUUGAGUCCACGGUUUGGUCCGGUAAACCGCGGUCUAGACCAGACCAGACCAAGAGAUCAAAAUAUAAAAUAGUACAGACCAUGGACCAGACCAGACCAUACUUAACGGUCUACGGUCCGGACCAAACUGUAUGGUACGUGUUUGGACCACGGUUUUUCUAUCGGUCUGGUCUAUUUUCCCAGCCCUACCAAUAAUGAAGUCUAUUGGUCUUAUUCUCCACGGAUGAUAAGUUCUAUAAGCACCUAUUUGGGCCAAUUUAUUUUAGGAUGGCAUUUUCGUACUUUUUUGGGCGACGAAAUGCCAUUUUUUUUUAAUAUUGAAGUCUACAACUCAUGGAUUCGGCCUGAGGCUAUUCUUCAACAAUGAUUGAGUCCAUUAAGCAUCGAUUUGGACGGAUUUAUUCCGGGUCAAUUUUUGGCAGAUUCCAAAGGGGUACCAUAACAGAUUUCGGGCGAUUUUUCCGAAAUGCCAUUUUCUUUCUAUUCUGGAGGCUACUGAUCACGAAAUCAGGCCGAGGGUAUUCUCCACUGAUAAUAAAGUCUAUUGAUCCUAUUCUCCACGGAUGAUAAGUCCAUUAACCACCGAUUUGGGCCAAUUUAUUUUCGGAUGGCAUUUUCAUAAUAUUUUUGGCGACGAAAGGCCAUUUUCUUUGGAAAUUGAAGGCUACAGAUCACGGAUUCAGCCUGAGGCUAUUCUUCAACGAUGAUUGAGUCCAUUAAACACCGAUUUUGGUGGAUUUAUUCCUAGUCAAUAUUUCGCGGAUUCCAAAGGGGUACCAUCACAGAUUUCGGUCGAUUUUUCUAAAUGCCAUUUUCUUUCGAUUCUGGAAACUACAGAUCGUGGAAUCCUGUCAAGGCUAUUCUCCACUGAUAAUGAAGUCUAUUGGUCCUAUUCUCCACGGAUGAUAAGUCCAUUAAGCACCGAUUUGAGCCUAUUUAUUUUCUUAAUGCAUUUUCGUAAUUUUUUUGGCGACGAAAGGCCAUUUUCUGUGGAUAUUGAAGGCUACAGAUCACAGAAUCAGGCCGAGGCUAUUCUUCAACGAUGAUGGAGUCCAUUAAGCACCGAUUUGGGCGGAUUUAUUCCGGGUCAAUUUUUGGCAGAUUCCAAAGGGGUACCAUCACAGAUUUCUGGUGAUUUUUUCGAAAUGCCAUUUUCUUUCGAUUCUGGAGGCUAUAGAUCAUGGAAUCAAGCCAAAGCUAUUCUCCACCGAUAAUGAAGUCAAUUGGUCUUAUUCUCCACGGAUGAUAAAUUCUUUAAGCACCGAUUUGGGCCAAUUAAUUUUCUGAUGGCAUUUUCGUAUUUUUUAGGGCGACGAAAUGCCAUUUUCUUUGGAUAUUGAAGGCUACAAAUCAUGGAUUCAGUCUGAGGCUAUUCUUCAACGAUGAUUGAGUCCAUUAAGCACCGAUUUUGGUGGAUUUAUUCCUAGUCAAUAUUUGGCGGAUUCCAAAGGGUAACCAUCACAGAUUUUGGUCGAUUUUUCCGAAAUGCCAUUUUCUUUCGAUUCUGGAAGCUACAGAUCGCGGAAUCCUGCCGAGGCUAUUCUCCACUGAUAAUGAAGUCUAUUGGUCCUAUUCUCCACGGAUGAUAAGCCCAUUAAGCACCGAUUUGAGCCUAUUUAUUUUCUUAUGGUAUUUUCGUAAUUUUUUUGGCGACGAAAGGCCAUUUUCUUUGGAUAUUGAAGGCUACAGAUCACGGAUUCGGCCUGAGGCUAAUCUUCAACGAUGAUUGAGUUCAUUAAGCAUCGAUUUGGGCGGAUUUAUUUCGGGUCAAUUUUUGGCAGAUUCCAAAGGGGUACCAUCACAGAUUUCGGGAGAUUUUUCGAAAUGCUAUUUUCUUUCGAUUCUGGAGGCUACAGAUCAUGGAAUCAAGCCAAAGCUAUUCUCCACUGAUAAUGAAGUCUAUUGGUCUUAUUCUCCAUGGAUGAUAAGUUCUUUAAGCACCGAUUUGGGCCAAUUAAUUUUCUGAUGGUAUUUUCGUAUUUUUUAGGGCGACGAAAGGCCAUUUUCUUUGAAUUUUGAAGGUUAUAGUUCACGGAUUCGGCCUGAGGCUAUUCUUCAACGAUGAUUGAGACUAUUAAGCAGCUCUAUGGGCGGAAUUAUUCCGGUUCAAUUUUUGACAGAUUCCAAAGGGGUACCAUCACAGAUUUCGAGUGAUUUUUCCGAAAUGCCAUUUUCUUUCGAUGCUGGAGGCUACAUAUCACGGAAUCAAGCCGAAGCUAUUCUCCACCGAUAAUGAAGUCUAUUGGUCUUAUUCUCCACGGAUGAUAAGUUCUUUAAGCACCGACUUGGGCCAAUUAAUUUUCUGAUGGCAUUUUCGUAUUUUUUUGGGAGACGAAAGGCAAUUUUCUUUGGAUAUUGAAGGCUACAGUUCACGGAUUCGGCCUUAGGCUAUUCUACAACGAUGAUUGAGUCCAUUAAGCAGCGAUUUGGGCGGAUUUAUUCCGGGACAAUUUUUGGCAGAUUCCAAAGGGGUACCAUCACAGAUUUCAGGUGAUUUUUUCGAAAUGCCAUUUUCUUUCAAUUUUGGAGGCUAUAGAUUUCAGAAUCAUUUUGAGGCUAUUUUCCGCCGAUAAUGAAGUCUAUUUAUCCUAUUCUCCACGGAUGAUAAGUCCAUUGAGCACAAAUUUAGGCCAAUUUAUUUUUGGAUGGCAUUUUCGUAAUUUUUGGGAGACGUAAGACCAUUUUCUUUGGGUAUUGAAGGCUAUAGUUCACGGAUUCGGCCUGAGGCUAUUCUUCAACGAUGAUUGAGUCUAUUAAGCAGCUAUUUGGGCGGAUUUAUUCCGGGUCAAUUUUUGGCAAAUUCCAAAGGGGUACCAUCACAGAUUUCGGGUGAUUUUUCUGAAAUGCCAUUUUCUUUCGAUACUGGAGGCUACAGUUCACGGAACUUAUUUGGGCCAAUUAAUUUUCUGAUGGCAUUUUUCGUUUUUUCUUUUGGGCGAUGAAAUGCCAUUUUCUUUGGAUAUUGAAGGCUAAAGUUCACGGAUUCGACCUAAGGCUAUUCUUCAGCGAUGAUUGAGUCCAUUAAGCAACGAUUUUGGCGGAUUUAUUCCGGGUCAAUUUUUGGCAGAUUCCAAAGGGGUACUAUCACAGAUUUCGGGUGAUUUUUUCGAAAUGCCAUUUUCUUUCGAUUCUAGAGGCUAUAGAUUUCUGAAUCAUUUUGAGGCUAUUCUCCAUUGAUAAUGAAGUCUAUUGGUCCUAUUCUCCAAGGAUUAUAAGUCCAUUAAGCAUCGAUUUGAGCUUAUUUAUUUUCUUAUGGCAUUUUCUUAAUUUUUUUGGCAAUGAAAGGCCAUUUUCUUUGGAUAUUGAAGGCUACAGAUCACGGAUUCGGCCUGAGGCUAUUCUUCAACGAUGAUUGAGUCCAUUAAGCAUCGAUUUGGGCGAAUUUAUUCCGGGUCAAUUUUUGGCAGAUUCCAAAGGGGUACCAUCACAGAUUUCGGGAGAUUAUUCGAAAUGCUAUUUUCUUUCUAUUCUGGAGGCUACAGAUCAUGGAAUCCGGCCUAGGCUAUUCUCUACCGAUAAUGAAGUCUAUUGGUCUUAUUUUCCACGGAUGAUAAGUCCAUUAAGCACCGAUUUGGGCCAAUUCAUUUUCGGAAGGAAUUUUUGUAAUUUUUAGGGCGACGAAAGGCCAUUUUCUUUGGAUAUUGAAGGCUAUAGUUCACGGAUUCGGCCUGAGCCUAUUCUUCAACGAUGAUUGAGUCCAUUAAGCAGCUAUUUGGGCGGAUUUAUUACUUGUCAAUUUUUGGCAGAUUCCAAAGGGGUACCAUCACAUAUUUAUUGUGAUUUUUCCGAAAUGCAAUUUUCUUUCGAUUCUGGAGGCUACAAAUCACUGAAUUAGGCCGAGGCUAUUCUCCACCGAUAAUGAAAUCUAUUGAUCCUAUUCUCGGUGGAUGAUAAGUCCAUUAAGCACCGAUUUGGGUCAAUUUAUUUUCGGAUGGCAUUUUCGUAAAUUUUUAGCCGACGAAAUGCCAUUUUCUUUGGAUAUUGAAGGAAACGGAUCACGGAUUCGGACUGAGGCUAUUCUUCAACGAUGAUUGAGUCAAUUAAGCACUGAUUUGGGUGGAUUUCUUUUGGGUCAAUUUUGGCAAAUUCCAAAGGGGUACCAUCACAGAUUUCGGGCAAUAUUUCCGAAAUGUCAUUUCUUUCGAUUCUGGAGGCUACAGAUCACGGAAUCAGGACGACCUAUUAUCCACCGAUAAUGAAGUCUAUCGGUCUUAUUCUCCACAGAUGAUAAGUCCAUUAAGCUCCUAUUUGGGCCAAUUUAUUUUCGGAUGGCAUUUUCAUAAUUUUUUGGCGGCGAAAGGCCAUUUUCUUUGAAUAUUGAAGGCUACAUGCCACUUAUUCAACGAUGAUUGGGUCCAUUAAAAACCGAUUUGGGCGGAUUUAUUCCGGGUCAAUAUUUGGCAGAUUUCAAAGGUGUACCAUCACAAAUGUCGGGCGAUUUUUCCGAAAUAUCAUUUUCUUUCUAUUUUGGAGGCUACAGAUCACGGAAUCAGGUCGAGGCUAUUCUCCACCGACAAUAAAGUCUAUUGGUCCUAUUCUCCACAGAUGAUAAGUCCAUUAAGCACCUAUUUGGGCCAAUUUAUAUUCGGAUUGCAUUUUCGUAAUUUUUUAGGCGACGAAAUGCCAUUUCUUUGGAUAUUGAAGGCUACAGAUCACGGAUUCCGCCUGAUGCUAUCCUUCAACGAUGAAUUAGUCGAUUAAGCACGGAUUUGGGCGGAUUUAUUGCCGGUCAAUUUUGGGCAGAUUACAAAGGGGUACCAUCAAAGAUUUCGGGCGAUUUUUCCGAAAUGCUAUUUUAUUUCCAUUCAGGAGGCUACAGAUCACGGAAUCAGGCCGAGGUUAUUCUCCACCGAUAAUGAAGUCUAUUGAUCUUAUUCUCCACGGAUGAUAAGUUCAUUAAGCACCGAUUUGGGCCAAUUUAUUUUCGGAUGGCAUUUUCGUAAUUUUUUAGGCUACGAAAGGCCAAUUUCUUUGGAUAUUGAAGGCUCCAGAUUACGGAUUCGGCCUGAGGCUAUUUUUCAAAGAUGAUUGAGUCCAUUAAGAAUCGAUUUGGGCGAAUUUAUUCCGGGUCAUGGCAGAUUCCAAACUAGUCCAUCAAAGAUUUCGGACGAUUUUUCAGAAAUGCCAUUUCUUUUGAUUCUGAAGGCUACCGAUCAUGAAAUCAGGCCGAGGCUAUUCUCCACAGAUAAUGAAGUCUAUUGAUUCUAUUCUCCACCGAUUUGGGCCAAUUUAUUUUUAGACGGCAUUUUCGUAAUUUUUAGGGCGACGAAAGACCAAUUUCUUUGGAUAUUGAUGGCUACAGAUCAAGGAUUCAGCCUGAGGCUAUUCUUCAACGAUGAUUGAGUCCAUUAAGCACCGAUUUUGGCAGAUUUAUUCCCGAUCAAUUUUUGGCAAAUUCCAAAGGGGUACCAUCACAGAUUCCGGGCGAUUUUUCCGAAAUGCCAUUUUCUUUCGAUAUUGGAGGCUACAAAUCACGAAAUUAGGCCGAGGCUAUUCUCCACCGAUAAUGAAGUCUAUUGGUCCUAUUCUCCACGGAUGAUAAGUCCAUUGAUUACCGAUUUGUGCCAAUUUAUUUUCAGUUGGCAUUUUCGUAAUUUUUUGGGCGAUGAAAGGUCUUUUUCUUUGGAUAUUGAAGGAUACGGAUCAUAGAUUAGGCCUGAGGCUAUUCUUCAACGAUGGUUCAUUCCAUUAAGCAGCGAUUUUUGUGGAUUUCUUCCAGGUCAAUUUUUGACAAAUUCCAAAGGGGUACUUACCAUCACAAAUUUCUGGCAAGUUUUCCGAAAUGUCAUUUUCUUUCGAUUCUAGAGGCUACAGAUCACGAAAUCUGGCCGAGUUUAUUCUCCACCGAUAAUGAAGUCAAUUGAUCCUAUUCUCCACGGAUGAUAAGUUCAUUAAGCCUCGAUUUGGGCUAAUUUAUUUUUGGAUGUCAUUUUCAUAAUUUUUUGGGCGACGAAAGGACAUUUUCUUUGGAUAUUAAGGUUACGGAUCACGGAUUCGGUCUGAGGCUAUUUUUCAACGAUGAUUGAGUCCAUUAAGCACCGAUUUGGGCGGAUUUAUUCCGGGUCAAUUUUUGGCAGGUUCCAAAGGGGUACCGUCAUAGAUUUCCUGCUAUUUGUCCGAAAUGAAAUUUUCUUUCGAUU